GCCGCUGUCACCAAAACGCGUUGUCAGCCACACCGUGGGGCCACUGGUUCCAGCGGUUUCAGCCGUCCCUGGUCCCGUGGUGUUGAGUCCAGUCCCCACGCAAAGCCAGCCCCUUGCAGCAAAUGCCAUCAGCAUGCCCGUGGCCCACCACAUGUCAACGUCAAUGCCAAUGCCAUUGCCAGCCGCAGCAGUUCAUCCAGCUCCACCACCUGCCCUGAUGAUUCCCGCGGGAUACCCCAGUCCAAGCCUGACAAGCACAGCGACUUCAAUGGCAGGAGUUGCUCCGACACCGGCCUUCUCUCCUGCUGGAUACUCCCUCGACUCGGGAGUCAUGUCCUUGAUUCGAGAGGCGCAGGUGA